UGGUCCCCGAGCGAAGAACCGCUGCAGGUGCCCUGCCCCCUCCCAACUUUCUCUGCAGCCUGCCAGUGUGACGGGUCCUGGACCAGGGAAGGCGUGCCGGGCCCGAUCUCACAGCCCUGGCGUACGUCCACAGGGCGGCAGUGCCGGAGCCUCUCCUUCCUGGUCUUUCCCACACCUUCGCAAGGGCUGGGCACUUCUGAUCCUGUUCCUUUAGAGCUGGCGGCCGGGGGAUGCGGGUUUGGGUAAUAGUGAGCUGUCCGCGGGGAGGCGGAGCUGUGAGGACCCACAGAGCUCCUGGGCUGAAACUGCUGGGUACUGGAGCCCUGGUGGGGAAGGGGGCGCCCCGAGCCUGCAGGGACAAAGUCCCAUGCUCUUUCUUUAUCUGAGGCGCCCUCCUGAGCUGUGGUGCCCAGGCCUUCGACUGUCAAAGGGGGUUGGAACCCCUCUGCCAUCUCCCCUACUGUCCAAAGGGAGAAACUCAAGUCCGCCUGGAAAGCUUGAAGUGGGUAGGGGGCCCAACCCGCCCAGGCACAAAGGUGGAAGGUGUGAGUGAUUGGGACAGGGGGCACAGGCUGGAGUGCUCCACAUUGUCAUGGGCAGAGGGAUUGAAUGUCUCCAAGGCUCUCGAGGUUCGCAGAGGCUGUGAAGAUGAGUUGGAAAGGUUUGAGUGCCAGCCACUGAGGUCUGAGAUUGGACCUCCACAUGUGGGGUUCAGCACCACUCCUCAUCACCAUUUUCAGUUCCCCCCAAGUCAGCUCAGAGCCCUGCCAUCUUGGGACACACCUCCACUCACUCUGGGCACCCCACAGGGCAUUAAUGCCCCAAAUACCCACCGAUCACAAUGGCUAGGCCAGGGCUACUGGAGCCGAGUGGCCCCCUGGUUGGCUCAGCUUAGCUGGGCAGUGCCACAGCCUCUGGCAUCUCUGCUCACCGCCUGGGGUCUCCCUGGAGGCUGCUGGUAAUAAACGGCCCCUCCCUUCCUGGGUGUCUGUAGCCAGGGCAACCGUAUAGAACCCUUCCCUCACCAGGCCUGCUAAGAGCUCAGGCCUCAGGUGAGCUGGGGGGGGGGGGUAAGGCCUGGGCUGGAAGGACACAAAAAAAGGUCAAAGGCACAGGGGCAGAACCUCUGAUCUUCAUCUAGGCUGAGGACAGAAGACAUAAGACCGCAGGGGAAGUGGGGACACCAGUGUGACUGGCAGCCCCAUGUCCUGGCCGUCUCCUUGGGCCUUCUUGGGGAGGGACCCCCUGUGACCUGGCUGUGCUGCCUAGUCCCCAUACUAGAAGGAGAAUCCAAUGGCAUUUGGGUGAUGGGGCAGACAUUGCCUAACUGCCCAACUUCCCACCAACUUCUAGCAUGGCCCCUGAGCCGGGCCAGGAAUCUGAAGAGGAGCAGGUACCCCUGGCCCUGUCAGGAAGACAGCCAGUUGGCAACGACUCAGGGCCUCCAACCACCAUACCUACAGACACCAUGGCUUCCUCGUGCUCCCGCAAUCGCAGGCCCCCCUCUACAGGGGAAGGCUCCAUCAGCACACAGUUGGCCCCUGAAACCCUGGACCCAUGUACCCUACGGCUGCUGUGGGAACAGAGAGAACUGGAGAUCCAGGCUCUGAGGUGGGCCAUCCGACAUGGCCAACAUGCCCAGCACCAUCACAUCCUGCAGGAGGUGGCAGGACUCCCACCUGAGAGGAGCUCCCACAGCCAGGACACAUUCCUGCAGAAUCAGGUCCAGAAGCUGACUCUGGAGCUGAGAGCACAGAAGGAACAAGCCCAGCUGGAGAGGGAGUGCUUGGAGGCACAGCUGGCACAGACCACAGACAAGCUGCAGCAGCUGGAGGCUGAGCUGCAGGCCUACCAGAAGUCCUGCCUCUUGCAUCUGGCCCAGUCCUCCUGGGUGGGCCGCAUCAUUCGGUCACAGACUGGCAGUGUGGAGGUGAUCACUGCAGAGACUCUAAUGGAAUCCGGGGACUCGGAGGACAAUCAGGAGCCCACUGCUGGGGAGGGCUUCCGGUUGGAGGAUGUAGAUUGGAACAGCAUUGCUCAGCGGUAUCCCAACCUCCUCACCAGCAUCCAUUCCAGCUCAGAGCCAAAGCAGCACCAGCUGCCCUCAGGGCUGGACUCGCCAGGUUCAGACUCCCCUCGAAAGCUUGUGGAGAGGCAGCACAAGAGCCUGGAGUGGAGCACUCUGCCCUGCGCGGGCACCAGCAGCUCGGGAGGUGCUGACUCGGACUCCAGCAGCUGCCAGCUGGUUCUGCAUCCCCGAGUGCAGAGGGUGAUAGGGCACCCACCACCAGCAGCAGACACAGCCUCCUACGAGCAGACUGCAGUGCAGACAAAGAGAUUCAGUGGAGACUCUGAAGGUGGACCAUGGGGGCCUCCUCAUCGCUCCAUCUCCAUCCAGACCCCUAAAUCAGAUCUCCAGAAAUUCGGUUCCCACCUGUUUGGCCAGACCUUGCUGAAGCCCACUGCAGACCUUUGCUACCUAAGCACCGGGCACACAGAGAGCCGGAUCAGCAGCAGCUUGCAGAUAGUGGCUGUGAGCCAACGGGAGAAGUUUGUGCGCAUCCUCAACCGCUCAUUGCAGGAUGCCGCCGACCUGGGCGGCUUGGUUUUGCAACAGCGGGUACAUGACUGCCCAGUACGCAUGUUCUGCUUCCCAAAAGGCACUGUGCUAGAGCCUCAGCACCACCUCACGGUGUGGGGUGAAGGCACUGGUGGCAUCCAGCAGCAGCCGCCCUUUCCUUCUGGCCAGGACCCCCUCCAAUUUCACUGUGGUCGGGGCUGUGUGACGCUCCUCCUGGAUGCUGAGGGCCAGGUCCUCAGUGAGUACCAGGCACCACUCCGUGUGACCUCGGGCUCAGGCAUCUUCGCAGACAACACGGACUGGUCCAUCGACCGAUUCCCGCUCCCUGAGGCUGGGGCUGGGGCCCACACUGGGAAGCCUCAGUGCUGGCCUCGGCCCCCAAGGCAGGGCCGGGGGAGGGAGGCCCAAUCCAUGCACCGGAGGCCGGGGACUCGGUGCCUCAUGCCACUUCCGAGUCCCCGAAAGUCUGUCCACCUGCGGCAGGGGCCAGCACAGUUGGAGGGCACCAAGCUCGCCAUGAAGUCAGAUCCCCUGCCCACCAUCUCAGAGGUGGCCCAAGAUCUGGAGCAAGGCAUGCCUGGGAAGGAGCGCAGGGUCAGUGUAUGCCGCAGAGGUGUAGACUUGGGCUGCCCUAUAGUGGCCCUGUCAGUACAAAGCACGGCAGAGAGCCGGUUUGGCUUCCGCUUCCUCUGCUGCCCACCCAUUACCACUGACUUGCACCUAUAACUGAGGCAGAUGUAGCCACCCAGGGAGCCGGCUGCAUCAUUUAUUGACCACCAUGGCCUAC